GGCAGUGUGAAGGCAACUAUGUCUGCGUCACUUUCCUCCGACGUCGCACCCCUCAUGACGGUCCUUACCGGUUGAUCUGUUGUGGUCGCAGCACCUUCCUCUGUCCUUCAGCUGUAAAAUGUACUACAAAUUCAGCGGAAUUACUCAAAAACUCACGGGCUCUGCGCCCACGGUUGCCUACAAUCCUCAGGGGCUGAAGCCAGCAAUCCCUGCCGAGUCCCCUACGAUGAUCUUCGCCACCCCCACAAAGGUGGUGUCAGAAGCGGGGGCUGCAGCAGAGUACAUGGGAACAAAUAAGGUUCCUGAUCUUCAGAGGCUUUUCCAGACGUCAGACGGCGUUCCCGUUCAUCUAAAGCGCGGGUAUCCCGACAGGCUUCUGUACCGCACCACCAUGGCUCUGACUGUAGGAGGCGUCGUCUACUGCCUGGUGGCUCUCUACAUCGCAGCCCAGCCAAAGAAGGGCUGAUCAACAAAAACAUGGAUUCUCUUUUAGCACCUGUGACUUUCUGCUGCUCGCCAUUCAACCUCUUUGGACUCUAUAAAUUGAAUAAAAGUUCUUUCAAACCAGAGGGGUUGGGCCCACUUGACCAACGUUCAAAAUGUAAUUAAGUGAAGAUCAAUACAUUGAUUGAAUUAUAAUAAACAAGUUAAGACAUUCAGA